GAAGUAUCGAGAAACGCAGUCUCAUGCUUAAAAAUCGUGUUUAUUAAUUUAUAAUUAAAAAUAUUUCAUUUAUGAUAAGAAGAUGAAUCUCUUGCGGUAAGCUAAUUACUUCCAUAUGCAUUAAAUAAUCAAUUUUUACUUAAGAAAGACUGGAGUUUGAAAAAAAAUUAGAAUGCUACAGAAUGUAAUAAAUUCAAGAUUUAUGAUAUAGUUAGUUACUGUUAGUUUAACGGAACUAGUGAAUCAUAUUUGCAGUAAGUUUGUAGCCAUCACUAUAUUAGCUAUCCCCUAGUAGAAAUGCCCUGUGAGAUUCGAAUGGUGGGAGAAGCGGCACGCGACCAAGCGUCGACUUCCGAGACACGUAGCCACAUAACCUUUUCUAAAUCCCACCACCAGACUCCUGUGUUUCUACUCUCUCGCAUCGGGUCCGUAAAGUCUUCGAUUGCUUGUAACUACGGACGACGCUACGCCAUGUAAAUACAUCUAUGAGCGACAGAAUAUCGAGAGUGCGGGCCAACGCCCGUAACAUACUCACGCCAUGUUUAACAUUCGUAAUUUUUCUAUUGUGCUUAAAAAGAAAAGAUGGACACAGAAAAUCAAUAACGUUUUACGAGGUUAACCACAAUAUACGAUAGUAGCUGGGAUUCUAAACAAUCCUCAAAUAAGGCUCGUACCUUUCGUAGUUGCCAUAUUGUUUCUGCAUCAAAAGGUGGUAUAUUGUCGUGUAUAGAAACACGUAAUGGAGUAUAUGAAUGCGCGAGCGUGGGAUGGAAAUAGAAAGGUGUGAUUGGUUUUCUUUUACAGUCGAUGCUAGCAGGUAAGGGUACAUGAAUUUAUCGGACGAGCACUGGUGGAAUCUAGAAAGGUGGAACUGGAAACCGAAAAGCUACUCGGAUUUCUCUCUUUGUCGACUUACAACCACGGUAGAAGCGACGGUGUACACGCGCAAGUCUUUGUCGUGGUGCUGAAAGAGGAGAAUGGCGAUCGAUCAGGUGUCAUCCCUGCCCAGGGGCGAUGCACGAUUUUAGAAAGAUGGUGUAAGGAUCGAAGGUUACGCAAUUCCUUUCUUCGCUUUUGUUAAUUUGAUCGGUAAUCGAAUUUAUGGUAUAUUUUCAGAACAUGUCAUUUUUGAGAAUUUAUUCUUUUCACAUUGAAGCCUUCGAUAUCACUGUUAUUUCAUAGCAGAAUGAAUCACAUUUUUUUAUUUCACAAAGUAAACACAUUGCACCGCCAAUAAUUUUCACUUGAUACCAGACCUAUUGGUUAGACGUUCCUGGCUACUUCUGGAGUGUCAGUGGUUGACCAGCUCAAAUUGUACUUGCAAGCGGUGCAACCGGUUUUCAAAACAAGCUGCCUAUUAGGACGAGCAUUGUUCCUUUAGGAGUUUUGAACGAAAUAAGUACAAGAUAAUGAAAAUCAUUUAUCAUACAUGAGGAUAACCGACAUCUAAAUAGAUGCUGGAAACACGAAAGGCGUUUGGAGAUAUGUAGACUGCUAAGGGAACUUUUCUUCGACAUGCAUCCUAACGCUACGAUCAUCGAUGAAGAUUUGGUUAAUGGCGACUGACAAAUGAGCGGCAAAGUAGUAUAAAAGUAAAAUUUAGAGAGUACUUAGAGCCACGUGAUGAAGCGCGCAAUUUAUUAUUUCGUUAAAUGCGAUCUUACAUAACUGUACUUCAGUCUCGCCUACGUACAUAACAUCGAUGUGCGUUAUACAUCGUUAUGCGAGGAUUUUCGCCUCGACAGCAAAUUCGAGGCGCGCGGUAUAGGUAUUAUUAAACUCGACUAGACGUUUUUAAAUUGGGUCAGUGCUGCGUGACUAGCGCAUAGAGUUCUAGAUGGUACCGCGAGAUAAAAUUGUUUCGUACACAUUAUCGUCACGGUUAACCCCUUAGCCGAAAACACUGUAACUGGGUGUAACAGUUUAAGCAGUACGUUCACCUAUCCGACGCGUAAAUAUCUUGGGUCAUUACGCAAGAACGUCAUAAGUUUUGUAGAUGAUAUCAGAGAUAGAGAUUCAGUCUUCCGUAAUUGCACAUAAUCAUAAUUUAAUCAUUUUUAUUGUUAUUACCGAUCGAGUAUGUUACAAUUUCUUCGAUUUCGUAUAGUAUAAGCACGAGCAGCUCUCUGAUUUCAAACGCAUGGGUCUGUAACAUUUAUUCUCAUGUCUAAUUCCUUUUUUUUGUAAUCGAGUGACAGUCUAAUUUUAGAUUGACCUUGCAUCUUUAAUCUGGCAUACCUAAUUACACCUAAGCGUAUACGUAGAGACAUUGAUACGGAAGAGUCCCGCGACUGGAGAACAUAGCGAUAACUUAUUCUUGUUAUAAUCAUGAAGGGGUAAGAAAAGACAAUGGAAAACAUUUUUUGGUUAACAAACAUAACAUGGCAUAACCGACGGAACAAAAGGAAUUUCUUUGACAUCAUCAUCAGAGUGAUAAGAAUCUGCAGUAUCCUUAGUACCAGUGAUAACCACAGAGAAUACUCCUUUGUGUAGUAACGCCAAGAAUGAAGAAAUAAAAAAGUGCAAACUUAAACCAUUCAAUGAUUUAAAGUGUCAGUUCUCCCGCUUAACCAUCAGAUCAAGUUGGUAAGAAAGAAACUGUAUACGCGAAGAUCUCAUACAUGCUUGUAUUCUCAACGCUGUUCCACGAGAAGCCUUCUAUAAUUCAAGACUUGGAAUCAUGAAUGAAAGUCCCCGAUGAGACAGAAGCGUGCCAGCACGAGGAGUCGUGAUGGCCCCGCUAUCCAUUUCGUAGGACGUGCACAUAGCGCAAGGCGUAUACACCAAGGAAGACAGUUCUCUCACAAAGAGCCGCUGUCACCGAGGCGGCUGGCUGGCUGCUACCACGGCGUCAUCCAAUUCCCGUUCCAUUCCUAUAUUGCCAGAUACUUCUCGCACGGCCACCGCCGGCUCGCGUCUCGCGUCAGACUUGACACGAGCAGCCCGGUACGUAUGUAGGCGUAUUAUGUGGACCGGCGUUCAGAUGAAGAGCAGUUUACGCACAAUGCGUAAGAGUCGCGUGCCAUGUACCAUCUAUUCUGAAGAGAAAACCUUGUCUUGUAGAAGAUGCUCACUUGGUUGAAGUGGACAGCAUUCAGCGUGAUUCUUUAUACCUCUGAUCACACAAAGCUCAUAAUUUUUGAAUGAUAUUAAUGCUACACGAGAAAAAUUAUGUUAGGAUUUUUUGUUUCCGAAUUAUUCUGCGGAAAAUAAAAGAAUUGAUAUUUUACGAAGACUUUGUGUCUGUGUCAAUUAAUUUCUUGGAUAGGUCCAGUGGCGCAUUAUAAAGUAAGAGAUCGCUGAUUGACGCUUGAGGUCCUUUGUUUUAGCCACCUUGCGCUGGGAUACCGUACUUAAGUACUAAGAGAACCCCACCAUUGCGCUUCUCUGGCAUAAGUCGACUCGAUUAUUAAGUUAUAUAUGUCUUUUCUUUGUCCUCGAUGGAUACCUUGUUGCGAGAGUUGAGAGCUAGAACACUCGAACGGUUUUAGUAUGGUUAAUUCCCUUGGUUGAGAUGCCUCUUGUAUUUCUGGCUUGCAUGGAUUUAUUUAUGCUGAGUUGUAUCUUGUCUAGGAUGGUAAUUACGCAUCGAUGAUUUUCUUCAUGGAUGUUUAGGGUAGGAAACUAAAUACUUGAAUCUGGCAGAUCGAGAUACCGGGAUUUUCGGAUUAUAUGGGAUUGAGUGUAUAAAACGUUUGUAAUAGGAAAUAAGUUAUUUAGGACAUUUUUAUUUGUCAUUAAUUUUUCAGACGGAAACGUUACGUAUUUCAUAAGCGGCCACUUAAUAUUUUACAUUAUUAGAUUAGUCUAAACCAAAUAUUUAUGCGAGAAUAAACAAUAAUUAUCUGAUGUUUCAUCAUUUAUGUGUCAAUUUUUUCUCAUAUGUUUCCUUGAUGUUAGUUGACAGUGAGACAACAUAGACGAAUUAAGUAGCACAAGAAAGCCAAGAGAUUACAAUAUGCUUACGAUAUUAUGCGGUGUAAAUAUUACGUGUAAAAAAUAGCACGGUAUAGAAGAAUUUGUUGGUUGCAUAGGAUUGUGUAUCGGAGAUGAAAAUCUGUGAUGGUUAAGGACUUCCAGGGAAAACAAAUACCAUGGAGAGGACCGAUAUCCAUUAUGGAAGAAUUAUUAUCGUUCGAUUAUAAGUAUCAAAGAAGGAAUAUUACUGAUUCUAUGAAGAAUUUCGUUGCGUAGCUGAUUAAAUUACGAAAGGCACGCGCGAUGAAAGAACCGAGAGCAGGCGGCCAUGAUCGUCUUACAAUAGGAUGAGCGGGAAUAAGCAGGGUGAUGAGCGCUGUUUCGCCGGCGGCGUGAGAGUAGUCAUGGCGUUCGUGGCCUCGCUGCCUGCCUACCAAUCCGGUACGUCCAUACGGUCACGUGACAGUGUCAGCCAAUAGGAACGGAGAGCUAAACUCACGGCCGCCGUACCGAGCCAGUCGGACAUUUUCUGACAAGCGUAGAAAAACUUCUCAUCAACAGCAGCCGCCAUUUUACGUGAGCCGAUACUCGUGCGGUGCGGAACCCUCGCGAUCGCUUCUCGGGCGAAUUUCGGUGGCGCGCGGUGGCCGGCCUGGGCCCGAUUAAUUCGAUCGUCUUCGGCGCUUCGCGUCCGGUUUUGUUCGAAUGUGCGGGGAAAGCGGGCGGAAUUCGCGGUGAUUUCGCGCGCCCGUCGCAGUGCCAAAGCGAGAAGAGGAAGAUGGUGCCAGCGGGCCUCGAGAGUGAUAUCGUCGCUGCGAGCUAGCGCCGUGCGCGCAGCCAGUCUGCCACUCGAGUUUGACGAGUCGUGUCCAGCUAGUUUAGUGCGAGCCUCGCGCUCCUGCAACACCUCCACGUCUUUGCUGUCGCUGUCGCUGCGUACUCCAACCACUACUUAGGCGGUCACAGUGCUCGUGAAAUAGUGUGAGGAUCAUCCUCUCGGGGGUUAUACCCCGACGAUGCCCAAUGGUUGAUCGUAUUUCAAAGCGUGUUCGGGGACGCUCCACGCGCCGCGGUUCUCAUUGUUAUUAUUAUGCUCGCGACUACGCGAGAAAAUUGCUAAAUUUUCGCGACUCCCUCGAGGAAGAAGCGGUUUAGUGUUGUCGAGGUGCGUGUCCUGUGGCCCUGUGUGUCGCGGUGCGUGCCUCUCGCGUGCUGCUUUCCUGCUGCCGCGAGCUGAGAGUAAACACCCGGAGAAAAGCCAAUCCGCGGAGACAUGGCCGACCACCUAGUGGACGGCCCGCCGAAUAAGCGGCCCAAACUCGCGGAUCCUUUUCAAGGACCCUCGGAUUCCUCAGUGGGUAUGGCGCCUCUAAUGAUGCACCAUGCUUAUACAAACUACGGGGGAGGUGGCAGUGGUAACAUGCAACAAAUGCAGGGCCCGCCACAACAACUACAUCUGCAACAGCAUCAGCUGCAGCCACAUUGGAACAACCAUACCGCCCAGAAAAGAAAUUACAUAACAAACACAGAUAUGUUUGACCUCGAAAACGACCUACCCGACGACCUUUUAUCGUCCGGAUCGUGGGCAUCCGCGACGGAGAGCGCCAAACCUCCGGCCACGGGUCCUGGGCCGGGACAACAAAAUGGUGCCCUCGACUCGGAACUUCGUCAACACGUACAACAGCAGCAGCAACAGCUUUCCCAUCAUCUAAUUCAGCAACAGGGCAACAAGAACUUAGUCGCGAAUUCACUAGUGAUGGCUGCCGGCACUCUGGGUAGCAAGAGUCCAAAUAUGCAAUCGCCGCCCAAUGUAUCAGUAUCCAAAGGUGUCGUCGAUCCUCAGAUGGUGGUCAGCCUAGGCAACCUGCCUAGUAGCAUAGCCAGCUCCUUGGCGAACAACCAAAUGUCCAUAGCAAACUCGAUGGGUGGACUUCAGUCAUCCAUGAGUAUGGCGGGGAGUAAUCCCACCAUGUCUAUGCCCGGUGGGAUGAACUCUGGCCUUGUGAUGACCAGUAGUGCUACGGGAAACAAUAAUAUGGGAGGAAUGGCGGGUGGUGGUUUAAUCGUCGCCAAUAGUCUGAAUAAGCAACCCUUAAAUACAGUAACCAUGAUGGGACCUAAUUCCCAGGGAAUACAUCAUCCCAGUGGACCUCACGGGGUAGCUCCAAUGCAAAACGGCCCUGGGAUGAUGAACGCCAGAGCUGUUGCAAUGCAACAGCAACAGCAACAGGCUCACAUGGCGGGUCCUGCGCGAGGACAAAGUCCACAUCAACAAGUUCAUCAAGUCAGUAUCGUGGGCCCCGGACAAGUUGGGCCCAGAAUGCAAGCUCCUCCUAAUAUGGGGAAUAUGCCGAAUAUGGGACAGAUGGGUGCUUCUAGCCCCUACGGAUAUGGUUCUCCAGGGGGUGGACCAGGUCCUGGGGUUAGUGCGGGCUCAAAUAAUCCUGUUGGUGUCGUAGCGCCACAACAACGAGGCGUAGGAACAAAUAUGGCUGCCAUGCAAGUUAACAGAUUCGGUGGUCCCGGUGGGACUAUUGGAUCCAGCAAUGUUGUCGGUGGUCAGGAGGGUGGUAUGGCACAACAGGCACAACCUCCUGCACCAAGUCCAGCUCAACCUCAAUCUGGUGCACCGAGUGGAGGCCAACCAGGACCUCAGCAAGCAACACAAGGUCAAAUGCCAGGUACCGGUGCUCAACCAGGUGCUCCUCCAUCGAGUGCGGAUCCCGAAAAGCGUAAACUGAUUCAACAACAGCUGGUACUCCUUCUACACGCGCAUAAAUGUCAGAGGCGCGAGAGUCAAGCGAACGGAGAAGUCUGGCAAUGCACGUUGCCGCAUUGUAAAACUAUGAAAAACGUCCUGAAUCACAUGACGACGUGUCAAAUGGGCAAGAAUUGCGUGGUGCCGCAUUGUAGCUCAUCCCGACAAAUCAUCAGUCAUUGGAAGCAUUGCACGCGGAGCGACUGUCCGGUUUGUUUGCCGCUUAAGCAAGCUGACAAAAAUCGAACGAAUAAUUCAACUGGAGGUAAUUAUUGGCUCCGGUUGUUACAUCAGGGUAAACGGAAUGUUAUCAUUGGAACGUCUUUUCCUGUAGCACCAACAACUCAACCAAAUAGUCAACCCAAUCCAAGUGCAUCAGACAUGAGAAGAGCAUACGAUGCAUUAGGUAUUCAGUGUCCAACAACGACACCUGGUCUACUACCUGGACAAGGUGUCGGUCGAGGUGUACGGAUGCCAGGUCCAGGCAUGCAAGCACCUCCUGGUGCCAUGGCGAGCGUCAGAUUAACACAACCUCAAUCUCAAACUGGACCAGGACAACCUGUAGUUGGUGCCAGUCAACAAGUUGUUGCUCCCAAUGUUUCUCUCCCAUUGAGCUCUGAUCCAACUGCAGUAGCUGCGGCUGCUAGUCAAGCUGCGCCAACGACUGGACCCACUGCAGCUGCAGCAGCGACUGCUGCGAACAUCCAACAGUCGGUGAACAUGCAGCAGCUAUUUGGCCUCAACGAUUCGGGUCAGCCGGGUAUUCUAGGAGAGAGUAGAUUGGCUAGCCUGCAACUUCCCGGUGGGUUACAGCCGGGCCAAGUAACGGCAACGCCUGUACAGGGAACAAAGGAAUGGCAUCAGUCGGUCACGCCAGAUCUCAGGAACCAUCUUGUACACAAGCUGGUCCAAGCAAUAUUUCCAACGCCUGACCCACAAGCCAUGCUCGACAAAAGAAUGCACAACCUGGUUGCCUAUGCGAGAAAAGUUGAGGGUGAUAUGUAUGAGAUGGCCAAUUCCAGGUCGGAGUAUUAUCACCUUCUUGCCGAGAAGAUUUAUAAAAUACAGAAAGAGCUCGAGGAAAAACGUCAGAAACGCAAGGAACAGCAAAUGCAAGCUCAGCAGCAACAACAACCUCCAGGUGCUCCCAGUGCUGGGUUGAGACCUUGUGCACCAUCUAACGUGGGUGCGACAGUCCAACCACCGAGACCUGUUGGUACGGUACCUCCAAAUUUAAGAAGUCACUCGCCUGGUAUGGCUCAACUUGCUUCGCUGUCGGGUAUGGGGAUGCAGCACAAUCGAAUGCAGUUUCCCCAACAGCAGCAGCAACAGCAACAACAGCAACAGCAACAAGCUCAACAGCAACAAGCUCAGCAACAAGCCCAACAACAGCAGCAACAAGCUCAGCAGCAGCAGCAGCAGCAGCAAGCUCAACAGGCUCAACAGCAAAUGCAACAACAGCAGCAAGCUCAGCAGCAGCAGCAGCAGCAACAACAACAACAGCAACAACAGCAAGGGAUGCUCGUUGGACCUCCCGGUCCAAGUCCAAACGGACAGCCAACGUCUAAUCCCAAUAUGGUACCAAACCCUGGUCUCAGUCCAUUUGGACAACCACAAAUGUCGCAGGCUAAUUUAACUACAACAACCGCGUCCGCGACAACUAGUCAAUUCCCAACGUCCAACGGCACCUCGGGUCUCCCGAACAGUUCUCCUGUACAAAAUCAACAUCAAUUCCCCGAUAUUCUCAAGGUUCGAUUGGCUGCUGCCCAGGCUGCUCAACAACAGCAACAGCAACAGCAGCAGCAACAACAACAACAGCAAUCUCAACAGCAGCCACAGCCGACGAGUACUCCGAAUCCAGAUACCGCAAUCACGACGAUGCCACAGGGUCCAGCUUCGUUUAAUAGUAUACAGCAACAAAAUAAUCAGCAGCAGAAUCAGGCCUUCCCAAAUAGUCGACCCUUGUCUGCUUCGACUCCUGGUGAUAGUGGUAUCUCAGCAUCUACACCUCAGACGAUACCUCCACCCGCGUCGAGCGGUCCUAGCCCUGGUCCAGGACCGAUGACGAACGGGCCCCAAUCCGUGACUUCCACACCCAGCACGCCAUUAGUUAAUUCCCUGAUGACUCCCAAUCAGACAGUAUCUUCCGCGAAUCAGACUCCACCACAUCCGGGAACAACGCCGUCUCCUGCCGGUCUUGCCGGUCUGGGUAAGGGUAUGACCUCGCAAGAAAGAGCCGCUCUGAAUGCCCCUAGGACUUCGUCGAUGUCCUCGCAGAUGGCUGCCAUCACGGCUGCUCUGGAUCGCGACAAUUCACCCAGUCCGCCAACGAACAACAACAAAGGAAAGCUCGACUCCAUCAAGGAGGAAAAUAUCAAAAUGGAUAUCAAGCAAGAAGACGCGACCGAGAAUCACAGGAUGGAUGGUGGUAAAAAUGUGAAUAAUGACGUGGUCAUUAAAUCCGAGAGCAAGACAGAACCUAUGGAGGAGGCAUCUGGUGACAACGCUGUCAAGGAGGAGUCAUCUGGUAUCAAAGAUGAAUCGGUCACGCCAAUGUUUAGUCAGGAUGCAUCCACGUCUGACAUAAAACCCAUGGUUCCUGAACCGAUACAACCAAGUGGCACCUCCACCGACAAGAAACGCUUGUGUCUCUUUAAACCUGAUGAGCUGCGGCAGGCACUUAUGCCCACCCUGGAGAAGCUCUAUUGUCAGGAUCCCGAGUCCCUACCAUUCAGACAGCCAGUUGAUCCCCAGGCCUUAAGUAUUCCUGACUAUUUUGACAUUGUCAAGAAACCCAUGGACCUGUCAACUAUCAAGAGAAAAUUGGAUACAGGGCAGUACAGUGAUCCGUGGGAAUAUGUUGACGAUGUUUGGAUGAUGUUCGACAAUGCUUGGCUAUACAAUCGGAAGACUUCACGUGUCUACAGAUAUUGUACUAAGCUAUCGGAGGUCUUUGAACAAGAAAUUGAUCCUGUCAUGCAAGCACUGGGCUAUUGUUGUGGCAGAAAAUACACAUUCAAUCCACAAGUUCUCUGUUGCUACGGGAAGCAGCUUUGCACGAUACCAAGAGACGCCAAGUACUACUCUUAUCAAAACAGUCUAAAGGCAUAUGGUCUUGUUUCCGACAGAUACACCUUCUGUCAGAAAUGUUUCAACGACAUUCCUGGUGACACCGUGACGUUGGGAGACGAUCCGUCACAGCAGCAAACUGCCAUCAAGAAGGAACAGUUUCAGGAGAUGAAGAACGAUCACCUGGAGUUGGAACCUUUUGUCGUUUGCACGGAUUGCGGUAGGAAGGUUCACCAGAUUUGUGUAUUGCACAUGGAAACGAUCUGGCCUUUAGGAUUUACCUGUGAUAACUGUCUAAAGAAGAAGGGCCAGAAGCGCAAGGAGAAUAAGUUCAAUGCGAAGAGAUUGCCGGUAACAAAACUCGGGACUUACAUUGAGACUCGGGUUAAUAACUUCUUGAAGAAGAAGGAAGCGGGUGCUGGAGAAGUCGCCAUCAGGGUGGUAGCUUCUAGCGACAAAGUGGUCGAGGUCAAACCAGGAAUGAGAAGUCGAUUCGUGGAGAACGGCGAUAUGCCCGGCGAAUUUCCUUACCGGGCGAAGGCCCUCUUUGCCUUUGAAGAAGUUGAUGGGACCGACGUUUGUUUUUUCGGCAUGCAUGUACAGGAAUAUGGAAGCGAGUGCACGCCGCCGAACACGAGGCGGGUCUAUAUCGCCUACCUCGACUCCGUGCAUUUCUUCAGGCCUAGACAGUUUAGGACGGCAGUUUACCACGAGAUACUUCUUGGUUAUCUCGACUAUGCCAAACAACUUGGAUACACGAUGGCGCAUAUUUGGGCGUGUCCGCCGUCGGAAGGUGACGAUUAUAUUUUCCACUGCCAUCCUCAGGAACAGAAAAUACCCAAGCCUAAGAGGUUACAGGAGUGGUACAAAAAGAUGUUGGACAAGGGAAUGGUUGAAAGAAUAGUUCUCGAUUAUAAAGAUAUCCUCAAACAAGCCAUGGAGGAUAAAUUAUCCUCAGCUGCAGAUCUCCCGUACUUUGAGGGUGAUUUUUGGCCUAACGUAUUAGAAGAAAGUAUAAAGGAACUGGACCAAGAGGAAGAGGAAAAGCGAAAGCAGGCAGAAGCUGCGGAGGCUGCUGCAGCUGCUGCAAAUGCGAUAUUCUCGUUAUCCGAAGACUCGGAAACGGGUCCAGACGGUAAAAAGAAAGGCCAAAAGAAGGCGAAAAAGUCGAACAAAUCAAAGGCAAAUCAGCGAAAGAACAGUAAAAAGUCGAAUACACCACAAACCGGAAAUGACCUUUCUGCCAAGAUUUUUGCUACCAUGGAGAAGCACAAAGAAGUCUUCUUCGUCAUUAGGUUGCACAGCGCACAAAGUGCAGCCAGUUUGGCACCUAUCCAAGAUCCUGAUCCAGUUAUAAACUGUGAUCUUAUGGAUGGUCGCGAUGCCUUCCUCACAAUGGCCAGGGAGAGACAUUACGAGUUUUCAUCUUUGAGGCGAGCAAAGUUCAGUUCUAUGUCUAUGUUGUACGAAUUACACAAUCAAGGCCAAGACAAGUUUGUUUACACGUGCAACAACUGCAAGAGUCAUGUGGAAACGAGAUACCAUUGUACUGUGUGUGAUGACUUUGAUUUAUGUAUAAGUUGUAAAGAGAAAGACGGUCAUCCUCAUCACAUGGAGAAGCUUGGUUUAGAUUUGGACGAUGGUUCAUCGCCGGCCGAUGCCAAACAAACAAAUCCUCAGGAGGCGCGCAAAUUAUCGAUACAGAGGUGUAUCCAGUCGUUAGUGCACGCAUGUCAAUGUAGGGAUGCCAAUUGCCGACUGCCCAGCUGUCAGAAGAUGAAACGAGUAGUGACGCACACAAAGAUCUGCAAGAGGAAAACAAACGGAGGCUGUCCUAUUUGUAAGCAGUUAAUAGCCUUGUGCUGUUAUCACGCUAAACACUGCCAGGAGACCAAGUGUCUCGUACCGUUCUGCUCCAAUAUCAAGCACAAGCUGAAGCAGCAGCAACUCCAACAACGAUUGCAACAAGCGCAACUGCUUAGGAGAAGAAUGGCUGUGAUGAACACGAGGCCAACAGUAAACUGUAGCCUUUCAACAACACCCGUGGGUGUGAUGCAAGGUGGACAACAGAGCUCGAAUGCUGCCAUGGCAGGAGUCACUAUGAAACCUGGUGUUAGUCCAACGAAUCUGCCAUCACCACAUCAAGGCAUCGGUCUUAAGCCUGGUACUCAGGCGCCUCCAGCUCAUGUACUCCAAGUAGUUAAACAAGUUCAGGAAGAAGCCGCAAGACAGCAAGCACCUCACGUCGGUUAUGGUAAAGUAACACCUGGUGGAAGCGUCGGAGUUGCUGUUGGCGUGGGAGGUCAAGGAAGUGGUGUAAUGCCACCGCCUCCAAUGCAAAGGCCGAUGCCCGUUCAAAUGCCUAAUCCAAGUGGUACUCAUCUCAUCUCCAUGGACCAAUGGACACCUAGGUAUCAGCCGAAUGCGGUGAUGCAACAGAAUCCUGGACUGCGACAACAAACGCCACAACAACUGAUGCAACAACAGCAGCAACAACAUCAAGGACAGCCAGGAAUGACGAUGGCUGGUCAAAUGCCUCGACAACCUGGUGUUAUUGGUGGAUCAUUCAGUCAGGUGCUGCCUCAGAAGCACGCGUUGCAGCAGCUCAUGGCGACUCUAAAGAGUCCAAAUACGCCUGAACAGCAACAGCAAAUACUCCACAUACUCAAGACCAAUCCUCCGUUGAUGGCUGCAUUUAUUAAACAGCGUCAGCAAACUGGUCAACACGGAGGAGGCGUUGGUCCAUUGGGUCCUAGUCAGCCGCAACAGCAGCAGCCGGGCUUGCAGCACAUGAUGUCCCAGCAGCAACAACAGCAGCAGCAACAACAACAACAGCAACAUCAACAGCAGCAACAGCAACAGGGCAGAAUGCAGAUACAAGCGAUGCUCACUCAGCAGCAACAGCAACAGCCUGGUCAAGGCCCUAGUGUGCAACAACAACAGCAGUGGUACAAGCAACAGAUGCUAGUGAUGCAGCGUCAGCAGGCGGUACAGCAGCAACAGCAGCAGCAGCAACAACAACAGCAGCAGCAGCAGCAACAACAACAACAACCUUUUACGCAACCCCCUGCACCACCCUAUGGUCAACAGAGGCCCAUAAGGCCGCCUCUCCUUGGUUACGGCAACUUCAAUGAGCAAGGUUACGGUCAACCAGCUUUGAAGCCCACGCCACCGCCUGUACCCUCGCCGCAAGGCGUAAUGGGACCUCCUGCUAUCUCGGUGCAACAGCAGCUGAUGCAGUCGGUCCGAUCACCACCGCCAAUACGUUCGCCCCAACCAAAUCCAUCGCCGCGGCCUGUUCCGUCGCCGCGAAAUCAGCCUGUUCCGUCUCCACGGGCAGGACCCGUACCGUCCCCUCAUCAUCAUCCAUCCCACGGGACGCCGACGCACUCGCCGGCCCAUGAGUUAGGUGGCCCUAGCGAGAUGAUGUUGUCGCAACUUAGUGGUAGUACCGGUGGUCAAUCGGGUCAUCCACCCGGUAUGUCCCAUCAUCCAUCACCAGCGCCGCCGCCUACCAGUGGUACGGACUCGAGUGAAGUGACACCAAUGACGCCGCAAGAUCAACUCUCGCAGUUCGUCGAAAGGUUGUAGUGACUGUUAGUAGUGUCGAGAUUGGUCGAUGACUAUAAUGACUUGAAUGUGGUGUACUUUGGUGUACUCUACUUGUUGGGUGUAUGGGACGGGAUGCUUCUCUCUUUGCGGUUGGCGACGUUGUUGCCGCGUUAUACCAAUAUGAAAGACGGUCUUGCGUACGAUUAUUAUAAUUGUCCUGAUAAUGAUGACAAUGAUCGUGCUACGUGACCGCGUUAUGCACCCCCUCCGUUCCUAGUUUUCCUGGUGGGGAUUGGGUAUUCGUUGAGUCUGCGUUACGGCUAUAAGCAGAUUUUUCAUUGGGAGAUGCAGGGAGAGUGAGAUAUAGUGCACUGUCGUGAAAGUUCGCGACUAAACAAAUGGUUCCCAGAAGAGGAUGAGGACGACGAAGAGGAUCUCUGUUGUGAGGGAGAUCAUUUCCGAAUUAGAUAAUAAAACAAGAAACCUCGUUUAGCUACGUAAAGCCGUGAAAACAUUAGCGAUACACUCGCUCGGCGUUAUUGUUAAAUAAAAGUACUGGUGGAGGAACUUGAAGUUCCUGCAUAAAUAAAGUCUCCUAGGUUUCACCUUCUUUUAAUUCUCUUUGUCCGUGAUUAUUAGUGUCUUUUCUUCCUCCUUAUCGAUUCUCAUUCUCUUUUUUAUCUCAAAUUCAAUUAAUUCUCGCUCCUCCUUCGCCUCAUUUUCUCUCUAUUUUACUCUCCCUCGUCUCUCAUAUUGUGUUUGUCUCUUGUGGCCUUCUCAUCGAAACUCAUUCUCUGACCUCGAUUAACGUAAAAGAAACGAAAGAAUGAGAAAAGAGACAAAAAAGAAAGAUAAAACUCAAAGACUACGAAUGAAAUUUCAAAGACUAUUUCCCCUUCCUCGCUGCUGUUCGCGCAGGCUGAGUGAAAUCGUACAAAUGUGUUGUGUAUACUUAACGUUAAUUAAUAUUAAUAGUUAAAAAGAUAAAUUACUACCGUAGCGAGUAUACAGUUAUUACCACUAUUAUUAUUAUCAUUAUUAUUAUUAAUUAUUAAUUAUUAUUAUCAACGUGACGAUACGCAAAGAUAUAACAAAGAACUCUUGUAUGAAAGGAUGAAAGUGAAAGGGAUGAUUAUAAAUGCCGAAAACUUUGUAAUGUAAUAAUUAAGGUGAUAAACGUAAACGACAACAACAAAAAUACAUGCAGAAUUUUUGGGGAGAGAAAGUUAUUUAACGUUAACUUAAGAUCAAUUUUUUUAAGGGAUGAUGAUAAAUGAAAAAAAAAAGGCAGAUACGGCCGGCAAGGCUGUACUUAUUAUAUAGAGCGACGAGAAUUUACUGAUUGAUGAGAUCACUCGAUGACAAAAAUUGAGAGAACGGGAGAGAAACAGAAACCGUGAGAGAGAAUGAGAACGAGAUUGAGAGAACGCCGCGUGGCUGUGUGCGUGUGUAACUGUGACUGUGAGUUUGUGCUUGCGCACGCAUGUUGUGCGCACAAAGCAAAGAAUUUGUUUGCAUGAGCCAAGUCGAUGAGAGAAAAAUUCCCUUAUACAACAUAGCGAAAUAAAAACGGAUAAGACAAGUAAACAAAAAAAAAAAUGAAAAUAUAGUGUCGCAACCAAAAAUUAGAAAUUUCACGACAGGCUGCUAUUCGCUAAUACGGGAGGAUUUAUAAAUCGUGUUAAUUUUGAAGAGUUUUUUGAAACGAGGGACCCGGCAGUGUACAGUCCAAUCAAAAAGAAAAAGAAAUGUAAGCUACGUCAAAAUACGUAGCUGAAGAAAGAUAAACGGGCCCUUCCGUAAACCGCUGUGUACAUAUUAUACUAUUAUUAUUACGAUAAUUAUUAAUUAAUAUUAUUAUUAUUAUUAAUUUACCUGCCUAUUAUAAAUUUAUUGAUUAUUAUUGCUAUAAAAAACAAAACAUAGAAUAUUGUAAUAUUUGAAGAAAAAAAUACGAGAAAAAGGAAUCCACACGCGUCACACAUGCUACAUCUACGAUUACACUACGUGACUAUGCCAGUGCUGUAUCAUAGUAAACUCUAAAUGUAAUUUCUCUCCCUUUUUUCUUGACUACCUAUUUAAACGACUAGCUGUAGAGAAUCAAAGGAAUGAAAGGGAAACGUAGUUUUGCGCGAGGUGUGCUUUCAAAAGUCGGUUCCUGUAAAGGGUCGGAUAAACUUUUGAACAGCACAAUUGUACGUAGUAGAGCCACAUCUAAGUAAGCUAGCCGAUUAGACGUAAUCAGGAAGAUACUAACACACCAGCAUAACUAACGUUAAAUUAGAAAUCGUAAAGAGGCGUUUUUUCGACGUAAACGUUGCCGAUAUUGAAUGACAUCGACACCAGCAUAUGUAAUCUAGAAUACACUUGUACAUACGCGUAUACGCGCGCGCGCGAACACGUACAACUUAUACACACACGUCUACGUACAUAAAGAUACAUUUUGACAUACAUAGAUACACAUACGAUCUCCACACAGUUUAUCUACAUGUUUUUGCAUUGUGAUAUAUACAUGCAGAUCGAUACAGAAGCCCGCGAAAUACACGGAUAUGUACAUUAUCGGUCACGUGACUUGCGAUUUAAAUUUGUCGACGCACGGGAAAAAUUUGUGACUCGAGACGAUUUCGCGCUUUGAAUAAAUGAAGGAGGCGAAGAAAAAAUCGGUACGUACGAGAGUGAUAAACGCGUAAAAUACACCUACUUUUUUUGGUGUUCUCGUUCACUGUGCGGGGAACAAGCGUAAGAAUAUUUACGUGUAUGCGCUUUAUUCUUUGAAAAAAAAAAUUCGUGCGCGGGCGCGAACUCGUCUCUGGAAGUGUGUUCUUUUUUCGGUACGUCGAGUGGAAAUUUCGCAGCUGCGUUGCGAGUGUUUAUUACGUCGCUAUAAAUAAGAUUACUGCUGACGAGAAGGACGAGCGGUAAACGAAUGUAGAUUAAUAAAUGAUUUUACUGGUAAAGAAAAGAAAAGAAAAAAAAUGAUAAAUGGUGGAAAGGCGAACGAUGAUAUAAUGACAAAAGAACCCAAAAGUAUUUGGUUUAGUAUGGCUGUGUUUUAGGGCAGUGGUGUAAAUCUGCAAGUGGAUGUACCUCUUGUUGUAGAUCAGUUUUUUCUUUAAAGUAAUUAACGAAUGAAUACGCUGAAGGCGCGGAGCUUCGAGUGCGAAGGCGUACCAAUGAUGCUAGUCUGGGUUAGUUCGGCAAUUGCUCACUGGCGGCGCGACGAAUCUUAUGGUUUUGCUGUCAGGGUUGGGGGCUGUCACGAGAAAGGCAUAUACAAACGAUAAGGGGGCAUUACGGGAAUAAUGAUUUGAAACAAUUGGGAUAAUCCUGAUCCAAGCUAUUUGAGUAUUACGUUGCUUCAGAAUACCUUUAACUUACUUGUAAUAGCUUUGAUAUUAAUGUUCGGUGCACAAGAAAAGAUACACGAGGGUUGGAAAAUGGUCGAUCGAUAACGUGGCUAAACGACGCCAUGUCGAGUUGCAUUUUGUUUUACGAAAUUAGCGGAAUACGGAACUUGCAUGUGUAGUAAUAGUAUAGCCUUAAAAAUUUAUUUUUUAAAUCAUUCUCGAGGAUAUUAAAUUCUUUUUUUUUACUUGAGUUUCGUUGAACACAAUCUUUUUUUCAUUAUAUGCUUGGUGGGUUUUUGUCAAUGUCUUGCAUCAUUCUUUUAAGAAAUUCCACGGGGGUUAUUAGGAUUGUUCGGGUCUUAAUGUUAAAAAUAAAUAAAUAUCCUGACGAAUGCAUGAAAUAAUAAAUUUAUUGUACAGCGCGAUAGUACGCGAAACUUGUUAAUCAAGGUGGGAUUUUACGUUGCCGAAUUGAAAAAAGCCUGGGUUACGCGUUGUUACGCGAAAGUUCUCGAAGCGAUUUACUCCUGUAACGAGAGGCGAAUGAUACAACGUUAUAAUUAUAUGAUUCGUUUCUUUGGUUUUUUUUUAUAUUAUCGAACAUAUUAAUAUAGAUCGAAAUUAUGGUCUAUGUUACAAAGUAACGUUGAAUUUUAUUAUUAAUGAAUUAUUCGAUAAAUAUCGCAGACAAAGCUAUGGAAUAUAAUAAUUAUCAUUACGAUUAUUACUGAGAUACCGAAUAUAGAAAUACUACUUUUUAUCAUAAAUUUUCGUAAAUAGUGAUUUAAUUAUCUAAUUAAAGAUUAAUGAGAUGCAAAUGUGAACGUUUAUCCUCAAAACGAUUUCCCAUCAUGAAUUCAUGGUCGCACAUCAUAACCUCAAAAUCAUGAUCUCGAGCACUGUCAUUCUCAUUAACACCCCUUUCACUGCAUUGGUUAUGAUAAAUGUUUUUCGAUAACGAUGUGUCUGUUCCUUUAAUUAUAUUUUGUAAUCAUUUUUAAUCACUUUUCUUGUAUCGUUUUCACAAGUAAAGAUAUUUAUACUUCA